AUGAAGAGAGGAGCAGUAUUUCAGUUCUGCUGUCUUGUGUUCUUCCUAGGGCUAGCAUCUGUUGCCCGUGGUGACUCGUCGGCCACACCUGGUAAAAAAUAUUUCAUCCGCAUUGUCAACAACCUUGACAACAAACAGCUGGCCUUCGUAUGUAAAUCCGCAGAUGAUGUCAUUUCGCAUAGUCUUCCUCAUCGCGGGGAUCAGUUUGAAUUCGGAUUUCGUGUGAAUUUCUUUGGCACCACCCUUUACUUCUGCAAUUUAAAGUACCAGAACCACCAAGUAGUUUUUGAUGCAUGGAAACUUGAUAAACAACUUUUGAGACUGUGUGGUGGUGGAGUCCAUUGCAUAUGGAGAGCGCAGGAAGAUGGGAUUUACUUGUUUAACACCCAAUGGGGAAAUUGGUUAAGGAAGUACGUUUGGAACAAUUAA